GCAGCCGACGCUCCGCGAUUCAGAGCAGAGCGCGACGCGACGGUCCAUGCCGCGCUGUGUAGUAUUCUGUGGUUCGUUGUGCUUGUUGUAAAGGAAGUCAUUAAAUUCUUUGCGCGUUUGAUAGCUGUUUGGGUGCGCGAUCGGAAAAUAGUUGUAUCAGUCCCUCUACUGCAGAAAUGAGUGCGAACGCAACAGAUGUGCCUGGGACUGGGCCGGCUGAUGAGGCUCCUCAAGAAAAGACUGCGAAACAGCUGGAGAAAGAGGCUAAGAAAUUGGCCAAACUUGAAAAGUUGAAACAGAAGCAAGAUAAACUGUCUACAGUGAAGCCCAACGAGGAGAAGAAAGAGAAAAAGGAGAAGAGGAAGGAAGUCAAAGAGUCUGCAGUUUACACUGUUGCAACUGCACCUGGUGAAAAGAAAGAUGUUACUGUACCCAUGCCCGAUUCUUACAGCCCACAGUAUGUAGAAGCUGCAUGGUAUAGUUGGUGGGAAAAACAAGGUUUUUUCAAACCAGAAUAUGGAAGAAAAAGUGUGUCCGACGAAAACCCCAAAGGGAAAUUUGUGAUGGUCAUCCCUCCCCCUAACGUCACUGGAUCUCUGCAUUUAGGACAUGCCCUCACUAAUGCUGUCCAAGAUGCGAUAACAAGAUGGCACCGCAUGAAGGGUAGAACCACCCUUUGGAAUCCUGGUUGUGAUCAUGCUGGUAUUGCAACUCAGGUAGUGGUUGAGAAGAAGCUUUGGAGAGAAGAAAAGAAGACUAGGCAUGAUGUAGGAAGAGAGAGAUUCAUUGAAAAGGUGUGGGAUUGGAAAAAUGAGAAGGGAAAUCGGAUCUAUGAGCAAUUAAAGAGAUUAGGAUCUUCUUUUGAUUGGGAUCGUGAAUGCUUUACUAUGGAUCCUAAGCUUGUGAAAGCAGUUACUGAAGCAUUCGUAGUUUUACAUGAUGCUGGAGACAUCUAUCGAAGCAACCGUCUUGUUAACUGGUCCUGUACCUUAAAAAGUGCUAUUUCUGAUAUUGAGGUUGACAAAACCGAACUGCCUGGCAGAACCUUCCUUUCAAUACCUGGGUACAAAGACAAAGUUGAGUUCGGAGUGCUUGUAUCAUUUGCUUAUCAAGUUGAUGGUGGCUCUGAUCAGAUUGUUGUUGCCACCACUCGGGUUGAAACCAUGCUUGGGGACACUGCUGUGGCUGUUCAUCCUGAUGAUGCAAGAUACAAACAUCUCCAUGGAAAACUCAUUUCUCAUCCAUUCUGUAACCGCAAGAUUCCCAUCAUCUGUGAUACUUAUGUAGACCGUGAAUUUGGAACAGGUGCUGUUAAAAUUACUCCAGCUCAUGAUCACAACGAUUAUGAAAUUGGGAAAAGGCAUAAUUUACCUUUUAUUAAUAUUAUUGAUGAGGAUGGUAACAUAACUGGUGAUUGUGGAGAGUUCACGGGUAUGAAACGAUUUGAAGCAAGGAAAGCUGUUGUUUCAAAACUUAAAGAGCUUGGUCUCUACAAGGAAACUGUUGAUAACCCUAUGGUAGUUCCCAUUUGUAGCAGAUCUAAGGAUGUUGUUGAACCCCUCAUCAAGCCCCAAUGGUAUUUAAAAUGUGAUGAUAUGGCCAAGAAGGCAAUCGACGUUGUCAACUCUGGUGAAUUAAAAAUCAUUCCUGAACAGCAAACUAAGAUUUGGUUCCAUUGGAUGGAAAAUAUAAGAGACUGGUGCCUAUCUCGACAGCUGUGGUGGGGUCAUCGAAUUCCUGCCUAUUAUGUUUCUGUGGAAGACUCUUCAUUUAAACAAGGAAGUCGUAAGAAGCGUAGGAAAAAUAGGAAAAGUGUAAAUAACAUGGAUGACAGGCCUAAACCUGAUUCUGAGGAGAUUGAUAAUGAAUACUGGGUUAGUGGUCGCACUGAAGAAGAAGCUCGUGCAAAGGCCUCCAAAAAGUUCAAUGUUGAUAGCUCUAAAAUUAAGCUGCGUCAAGAUACUGAUGUGUUGGACACUUGGUUUUCAUCAGCACUGUUUCCAUUCUCCAUCUUUGGGUGGCCUGAUGACUCUGAAGAAUUACGUACAUUCUAUCCUGGCUCACUUCUAGAGACUGGUCAUGAUAUCCUCUUCUUUUGGGUCGCAAGGAUGGUGUUUAUGGGUCAAAGACUUUUGGGAAAGCUACCUUUCAAGGAAGUUUAUCUGCAUGCCAUGGUCAGAGAUGCUCAUGGUAGGAAAAUGAGCAAGUCCCUUGGUAAUGUGAUUGAUCCCAUGGAUGUCAUUUGUGGUAUUGAACUUGAAAGUUUGCACUUGCAGUUGCUUGAAAGCAACUUGGAUGAAAAGGAAAUUGAACGUGCAAAGCAGGGUCAGAAACAAGAUUUUCCCAAUGGAAUCCCAGAAUGUGGAACUGAUGCACUCCGCUUUGCCCUGUGCUCUUAUAUGUCCCAAGGGCGUGAUAUCAAUCUUGAUAUUCUUCGUGUUCAAGGCUACAGAUUCUUUUGUAACAAGCUUUGGAAUGCAACUAAAUUUGCUUUGACAUACCUUGGAGAAGGCUUCAUUCCCAGGUCUCAAACAGAGAUGCUCUCCUCUCUAUGUGGAAAAGAAUCACCUAUGGAUUUAUGGAUGUUGAGCCGUGUUUCUGCAGCCGUUCAAAGCUGCAACCAGGCAUUUGAAACAUAUGAUUUCCCCAUGGCUACCUCUGCCUGUUACAAUUUGUGGUUGUAUGACCUGUGUGAUGUGUACCUGGAGUACUUAAAACCAGUUUUUCAAAGCAACAAUGAACAAAAAAAGCUAGUUGCACAGCACACCCUGCAUUUCACCCUCCACACUGGCCUUCGCCUUCUUUCACCAUUUAUGCCAUUCAUUACUGAAGAACUCUUCCAGAGAUUGCCACGUUGUGCGGAUGAAGUACCAAGCAUAUGUGUGUCUCCGUAUCCAGAAGUUGAAAAGUAUACGUGGAGAAAUACUGAAAUUGAGGCAUCAGUUGAGUUUGUGCAAAAGAUUGUCCAUCUAAUCCGGUCUGCUCGUUCAGACUACUCUCUCCUCAAUAAAACAAAAACUGAUGCAUUUUUGCACUGCUCUGAUGCUGAUCUUGAAAAAUCAUUAAGUCAGUAUUGUGAAGUAAUUGGUACCCUGAGUAACUGCAGUUCUGUAGCAAUGUCGGCUAGUCCACCCCAGGGAUGUGCCAUCUUCACAGCCUCUGAUAAAUGUGAAGUACAUUUAUUAUUGAAGGGACUGAUUGAUCCAGCCAAGGAAGAAGAGAAGCUGCAAAAGAAACAGGAUUCACUUUCUCAACAAGUUAAAAAACUAGAACAGUCUAUGGUGGCUCCUGACUAUGAAACUAAAGUUCCUUCAGAGGUUCGUGCGGCUAACUCUGAAAAGUUGGCUCAAAGUAAAGGAGAAAUUGAGCGACUAGCUGCUGCUAUGAAGCAAUUAUCUACAAUGUGAUUUAAAGCAAAAUAAAUAAGAUUGACCCCUUUUCAGUCAAACAGUUAAUGCAAAUCAAAAUUUGUUUAUACUUCAUUUUAAAGAAGAAAGCAGAGUUCCUCAAUGGUUUUUAAUCAAAUUUCAAGCUCAAUUUUGACAGAUACCUUUAAGAUGGUGAUGAUAUUUACAUCUACUUAAACAUUAUUUCCAAUACUAGUUAAAAGCACAAGUGAUUGCAUUGGCGUUCCAAAGAAAAGUGUGUGCGUGAAAAGUUUUAUUAUUACCCUGUUGAUCUGAUGUCUUAAGAUGCUAGCCUUAAGCCAUUUUUCUUGUUCAAUAGUACCCUUAGAAUCCUGGAUGCCAACAUUCAUCAAAUCCUCCCUAUGUUUGCUCAAUUGGCACCAUUUAUUUAAUUGUAACAAUGUGACUUUUGUGAUCAUAUGGGACAAGCACCGUUAUUUAACUUUUGUACUUUUAUUAUGAUUUUGCACUUAUAUGCCAAAAUAUUCUCAGGGUUCACUUACAAUAGAUAUAAUUUCUUUGAAUAUCUGUGUUACUUGUCUUUUAUUUCUUAUUUACUGUACUCACCGACUAACUUUUUCUUUUCCAAAGAUGUCCAAUACAUUGUUUUAUUAAUUGCUAUGGUGGUGAAAUGUUUCCUAAUUUAUUUAUUUAUCAAAGACCUAUGUUUUUUGCAUUUUAUGUACAGUAUUUCCGUUUUGGGGUUGGAAAAGAAGUAGAACCAGUUUUAUGGAAUGAAGUAUGUAAUAUCUAAUAUUUAUUAUCUACUUCAUUAAUAAACAUUUAUUAGAAUUGG